CAAAAAGAAACUAGAGUUGUUAGAGACUGUAUGAUAUUAAAGGCGCCACCACCUGGACGAAGAGAAGCAACAGGGACUCGACGACUGUUUGAAUCUUCUACAUCCGAUUGUUUACACAUUUCGCUUGAAAACAGUGACAUCAAAUUGUUCUCAACAUGUCCUGGGGUGGAUCUGAAAAAUGUCCACGUUGCAGUAAAUCAGUUUUUUUUGCGGAAGAAGUUCGAGCACUGGGGAAGAAAUGGCACAAGAUGUGUCUCAAAUGUAGUAGCUGUAAUAAAAUGUUAGACAGUACAAACUGUAAUGAUCAUGAUGAUGAUAUCUUCUGUACAGCAUGUCACAGAAAACAUUUCGGUCCUAAAGGUUACGGUUUUGCUGGGGGAUCGUCAGGGUUGUCAAUGGAUACCGGAAGAAGAAACGAAAUAACCCGAGAUAAUGUAUCAUCUUAUGACCAAGCCCAAUCUGGUGCUGCUAUAGGUAGAAGUACCAGUAAUGGUAAUGGUUUUGGUGGUGCUGAUCUCUGUCCAAGAUGUGGAUGUGCUGUUUAUAUGGCCGAGAAAGUAAUAGGUGCUGGACAAUCGUAUCAUAAGGUCUGUUUCCGGUGUGGUAAUUGUAAGAAAGGAUUAGAUUCUACGACAUUAGCUGUACAUGAAGGUGACAUAUACUGCAGAGCAUGUUAUGGGAAGAAAUUUGGACCUAAAGGUUAUGGUUUUGCUGGUGGAGCAGCAGGUUUAUCUAUGGAUACGGGAAGACUUCAUGAAUUAACACGAGAUAAUGUAUCCCAUCUUGCCCAAGCCCAGAUGGCACCAAUAUUUGAUUCAGCAGCAUACCGAUCUGGUGGGGACAAGUGUCAUCAAUGUGGUACCAAUGUGUAUAUGGCAGAAAAAGAAUUAGCAUCAGGAAAGAUAUUCCACAAGAGUUGUUUUAAAUGUGCAUUUUGUAACAAGAAGUUAGACUCUACAACACUGUGUGAACAUGAAGAUUUAAUCUUCUGUAAAGGUUGCUAUGGUAAAAAUUUUGGACCCAAGGGAUUUGGAUAUGGAACAGCGCUACAGCACACAGAGUGAAGCAACCAGUCUUGAUUAUAGAAUUUCAACGAGGGGAAACAGCCAUAGAAGGAACUUAAUGUUUUUAUUUUUAAAAUUUGUCAUGUCUAUACAUUUACAAUUAUCUACACAUAUAACUACUUUGUAUACAGCAUAAACAAACCAAUCAGAGCGAUAGAAUCUCAACGAAAAAAAUGUUUAACUGUUUAUAAAAUAACCUUUGUGCUUUGCCUAUUUCAAGAAUAUUUCAAUAUUUUUUCAAGGUUAUUCUUUUGGAGUAGUUUACACAUUUGAGCUACUUUUCACAGAAUUUAACGAUAUUAAUAUAUGCGGGGAUGUUUUAUAUACAGCAUAAACAAGCCAAUCAGAGCGCGAUCAUCUCAACGAAGGAAAUAAUUAACGCUUUAUGUUUUGCUUUUUUCAAGAAUAUUUUAAUGUUUUUUCAAGCCUAAUCUUUUUGGCGUCUUUACAAAAUUGGGCAACUUUUCACAGGGUUUUGUGAUAUUACUAUACGACGAUAGUUUUAUAUCUGGUCAUUUUGUGAGUUUCGUCACUAUACGUGGAUAGGUUUAUAUCUGGUCUAUUCGUGAUAUUAUUAUACGUGGAUAGGUUUGUAUCUGGUCUAUUUGAGAUCGCUUACACAGAUAUUGCUAAGAAUGGGGUUUAACGCAUCAUCUCCGCCAUUUGGAGACUAACAUAUGGUUAAUGUUUCCUCGUGUGUAAUGCUAGGGAGGAUGUCAAGGGCUCUUUUAAAUGCGCGUCGCUGUGUAAACGGGUCACGGGUGGCCCCCAAUUUUUUGUCAGAAAAACUAGGCAACAUUUUCGUUGUGAACACCGCGGGCACUAUCCCUGACAAUUGGAAAAUGCGCUGGAAAAAUCCUACCCGGAGACAUUCUAAUGUACAGAGGGGAUUGGGGGCUCCGAAUGAUUUAACGAGUCAAGUGAUAUGGUUUCGAUUCCCCGCUUGUGUGUGACAAGGAGUAGGAUCGCCAAUCUCGUCGGUCUUCUCCGGUUCCUUCGGUUUAUUCCACUGCUAAAGACUCCUACGCGCAAGCGAAUUAUUGAAAUAAAAUUGAACCAUAUGUUAGUCCCGAAAUGACCUAGUUUGCGUCGAGUGGACGUUAAACCCCAUUUCUCUACCACUCAACUACCAUGGUCCCCCGCUGAUAAUAUAAAUAUUUGAAGUAUGUGCUUGUCUUUAGUAUGAUCGUAAUAACAAGGUCUUAUGGCUUUAAAGUUGACGCUGAUCUUCAGUACAAACGAUAUAUAAUAACAUUUACAACGUAAUCGGCUUAUAUGGCGACGGUAAUUCUUCUUCAACUGAGAUAUAUUUGAUUGAUGUCCUAUAAAUGGUGUUGUUGAAAAAUCAGGAAAAUAAACGGAACGUAAUUUGAAUUAGCGGAAUGUGUCCAUUGUUGUCUGCGACGUUUACCCCAGGAACGAAUUAUCCGAAACGAAACCUAUAUUGGCGGCAUGUGUCAAUUGAUAUCACCCUUAGUGGGAGCUUACAUUAUACCCCACUAACGAACGAAACGAAACGAAAUUUAUAUUAAAUUAGCGGCCAUCUACCUUAACCGGUACUAACGAACAAACAUAAACGAUGGAAGCGUGCGUUAACCGAAACGAAAUUUAUAUUAGAUUAGUGGCCCUGUGUGUUAACCGCUACUGACGAACAAACCUAAACGAAAUUUCUCUCGAACAAAAAUAAACGAUUACUAUCACAUUUAUUGAUUUGUUUACCUCGUCAAGAAUUUAUCGAUUUUUUGUCGGAUUACUUGAUCGAUGUGUUAUUGUCGCCGAUUAUUCGCCAGUGACGGACAAUCGCGCGGACAAAUAUGAUUCUUGAUGUACACAGGAUUUCAAACCAAAUAUAGAUGUAUAAGUAGUGUAUGAUCUGAGUUAUGUUAAACAGCAAUUGUUGUAUAAUCUGGGUUAUGUUAAACAACUAUUGUAUAAUCUGGGUUAUGUUAAACAACUAUUGUAUGAUCUGAGUUAUGUUAAACAACUAUUGUAUGAUCUGAAUUAUGUUAAACAACAAUUGCUGUAUGAUCUGAGUUGUGUUAAACAACAAUUUUAUGAUCUGAGUUGUGUUAAACAACAAUUUUAUGAUCUGAGUUAUGUUAAACAACUAUUGUUGUAUAAUCUGAGUUAUGUUAAACAACAAUUGCUGUAUGAUCUGAGUUAUGUUAAACAACAAUUGUUUUAUGAUCUGAUCUUUAUGGCACGUUAUGUUAAACAACAGUUGUUGUAUGUUUUGUGUUGUGUUAAACAACAAUUUUAUGAUCUGAGUUAUGUUAAACAACUAUUGUUGUAUAAUCUGAGUUAUGUUAAACAACAAUUGCUGUAUGAUCUGAGUUAUGUUAAACAACAAUUGUUUUAUGAUCUGAUCUUUAUGGCACGUUAUGUUAAACAACAGUUGUUGUAUGAUUUGGUCUGAGUUGUAUAACAAAUUAUAUUAAACAACAAUUUUUUUAAUGAUUUUAUCUGAGUUUUUUGUAAAUAUAUGUUAUUAUUGAUGUAUAAAUAUAUGUUAUUAUUGAUGUAUAAAUAUAUGUUAUUAUUGAUGUAUAAAAUGCAUAAAUGUAAAAUAAUUGGUUGUGACCUUGAAUUGUUUUUUAAGUCUAUGUAUAGGGAAAAUAUUGUAUUAAAGGAGAACUCGGCCUAUAUUGUUUUAAGUCUAUAUAAAGGAGAAAUGUUGUAUUAAAGGAGAACUCACUUCGUUUCUAUGAUUCUAUAUUGUUUUAUGUCUAUUUUAAGGGGAAAUAAUGUAUUAAAGGAGAACUCACCUCGUUUCUAUGUAGAUGAAAAUAUUGUAUUAAAGGAGAACUCAGCCCGUUUCUAUGAUUCUAUAUUCAAGUCCUCUCAUCUUUUCAUUCAUCUCAAUAUUCUAUUCAUUAUCUGAUUUUAAAAUACUUUCAACAUUACAGAUAUUGAGCAACAGAUUUUAUCGAUUUUAUUUACUGAUGCAUUAUCUGAGAAUUAGAUAAAGCGCUGGCAGUUCUCGCUAUAAUAGAUGUAAGAUAGAUAAUGAAAUGGACAAAGAGAUGAUAUUUCUCGCUAUAAUAGAUUUAAAAUAGAUAAAGCGCUGGCUGUUUUCCCUAUAAUAGAUUUUAAACAGGUCAUGAAUAAGGAAUAUAUUGAAAAUUUCAGUUAAAUUGCUUUAUUCUGUGUGAAUAGCGUAUGGGUGUUUGAAGUUUUGACAAAAUGUUGCAUAGAAUGUAUCUGAGAUUGUUUAUUAUCGUAACAACGGUACUUGACAAUCGAGUCUAUGUUUUAAAUGGUCGCCGUGUUUUACGGAACCAUCAGAUGACCCAGUGCGUUGAUUAUGGGCUUGUCAUGUUAAUAAAAAUUGGAAUAAUAAUUUAUAUAGCAUGUGAUGCCAAAAUAGAUACCUGCAUUAGGCAGAUUUAUCUCUUGCAUAGUGUAUGUUUAGCGAUUCAAUGUUAGGCUAGCCUCGAUUGUCAUGACUAACGUUGGUACGAUAAUAAACAAAGUCUUGAUUAUCCAUUUUUACAGUAAGUUAUCCAUCACAAAAUGUAUUCAAAUCCACUAAAUAUUGCAGGGUAACGAUGGCAUCGGGAGUUGAUUUAGAUUUGGAUAAGUUAAUAAAUGUCUAAUUAAUAAUUUAUAAAAACAUUUUAGGCCUAAAGAAAGAUCUGCAAUAGGCAGAUUUACCUCUUGCAUAAUGUAUGUUUAAUAAUCAAUAAAUAAAUAUUAAUAUACUGUCACGAGAUGAUGUUAGCUGUGUCACGCGAGUCAUGGAUUCAGUCAUAGAAACCAGCUGUCACUGUAAACUAAUGGAACGUAAUAUUAGAAACUUGUUACAGUUGGAGAUUUUAAUAAGUAUAUUAUAAUACCAUUGAAUAACGUUUAGAAGUAGAGGUAUAACAUCCAAUAUAACACAAUUAUAUUGAUUAAAGGGGCAUUAGGGUAGCUAUCACUAGAUAAUGUAAAGGGAAUAUGCUAAAAAUUUCAGUCAAAUUGCUCCACUCUGAACCGAGAUAAAAAAAAAACAUAGUCUCGAUUAUCCAUUUUUAAGUUAAAUUAUUUUUCAAAAAGUGUAUUCCAAUCCGCUAAAUAUCGUAGACUAGCGAUGGCAUCAAGGGUUGAUUAUGGUCUGGAUAAGUUAAUUAAUGUCUAAUUAAUAAUUUAGAUAACAUUUCAGGUCUAAAGAAAGACCUGCAAUAGGCAGAUUUAGCUCUUGCAUAAUAUAUGUUUAACUGCUUAUUGGUGUAUAUAAUGCAACGUUUCAGUACUCUUACAUGUAUCUCUAUCAAGCAGUAAAUCAAGCAGUUGUGUUAUUAUAAUGUAUAUUGUAUGUAAUUGUAUUUGAUCAUAUAAGAUGUUGUAAUAUUGAAUUGUAUUUAACCGAUAUGAAACUUACAUAUAUAUAAAUAUGCUGUUAUAUAUCUAAUUGUAUUUGACCAAUAUAAAACUUACAUAUAUAAUUAUACUGUUGUAUAUUUAAUUGUAUUUGACCGAUAUGAAACUUACAUUAUAUUGAUAUAUUUGAUGCAUAUUAUCGAAUUGUACCGGGGAAUAGUGUUUCUGUUUAUAUAUUUAAAUGAAAUGGAGUUUAACGUCCUACUUUUCUGGGGAUCACGUGGCUAAGUGGGUAAGACGCUGGCUCGCUAGCCUGGAAGUCGGGGUGUUCGAUCCCUGCAUUGGCCGAGAAAGUUCAUCGAGAUUUUCCGGCGUGGUUCCCCCUUGUCAGUGAUGCAGGACGGAGGGUCUGACAAGGACAGCUGUCUAGUCCUUCGGAUGAGACGAAAACCCGAGGUCCCGUGUAUACAUUAGAAUGCACGUAAAUGAUCCCUUGGCAGUUGGAAUUCGAUAUAAGAGUAGGCCGUAGUGCCGCUGUCCGGGCAAAAUUUCCCUCAUAGCACACUGUAUGGCGUAUGCCCGUCUUCAUUAGCCCAGGUUAGGAGCAGAACAGUAGGACGUUAAACCCCAUUUCAUUUCAUUUCAUUUCUCUUUAUCGGAAUCUGCUAGUGAAUCAUCUAGAAAUGAGGGGGUAGGGGGCUGCCAGAGGCAAUGUGAUUUUUUUGACACCAGUAUGUAUAUUUUGGGUCCGACUAAUCACUGACAAUAACAUGUCAAAUCUUUAAUAGGAAGUCAUUUAAAUCUUUAAUAUGAUGUGUCGAAUAUGCAUAUCUCACUAACAUAUCUUUCCUUGUCGAGCACGUUUUUUAAUUCUUGUGGCGCUAAAAGAAACACCUAUGUCGGUGAUCAGUAUGUCCGUUUUUGUAACAAUUUCAAUUAUCCAUAAUUUUGUCAAUUUUUUUUAUGAAAUCAUUUAAAUUUAUGAUAUAAUGUAUACAAUAUGAAUAUCUAAAACAUAUCUUUCCUUGUCGCUCACUUUUUAAAAUAAUUUGGCGCUAAAGACAAAAGAAACACCCGUGUCGGUCAUCAGUAGGAUCGGAUAUUUUGUGUAUACGUAUAAUCGCCCCCGUAUUGCUUGCAUAAUAUAUUAGCUUGUAGAUAUUCUAGGAUUAGAUGCUUGAAUUAAGGCUUUAUUUUCUUACUCCGUUUUGAUACUUUUGCUGUACCUAACUCCGUCCCUACUUACUUACAUAUUAUACAGUCCAACAUUCUGUAUAACCAUAAUAAGAUCGUGGUCAAAAAAUGAGUAGUAACUCACAUAGGCUUGUCACUUAUUUUUAUAUCGGUUUAGCUUAGCCAUUUCUUGUUAAACAUUUACAUAUAUAAAUAAAAUGAAAGGGGAUUUACUCCUUGAGCCACCGUGGCUCCAUAUACAUUAUAUAGUUUAGCAUUGCUGAUUGAAAUAAAAAAAAAAAAUUUUUUAUGUAAUCUACAAUAUUUUGUUACGGAUAUCUGAAUGAAAUUAGGCUUAGCCAUUUUCUCGGCAACUACGUCUGAGGUUAAAUUAUGUCAGAUUUAAUAUGAUGUAUUGAAGUUUAUUUGCUGUUUGUGCUAGUCGUCAUACUAAUCUAUGUUACUAUUAUAUAUAUACCUACGUUUAAUCUAUAAUUAUUUACAUAUAUAUCUGUAUCAGAUCAUACUAUAGAGUUAUCGCCCUUGAUUAUACUUUUAAAUCUUGACAACGUACCUGGUACCAAUGGUGUUGAUAUAAAGGUUCGCUUUUUAUUUGACUAAAAUUCACAUGUAAAAAACUAUAGGCAUUUAUAUAUUUAGUUAUUUGUAUUACAGCAUCAAUGUAUAUAUUAAACAGCCUAUAUAUAUAUAUAUAUAUACGGACCAGCCCAUAUUAUAUAUAGAUGUAUCAGCCCAUAUUACAUAUCUACUUGUAUAUGUAUCAGUGUAUAUUACUAGUAGUAUUAUAUAUUAAAACUAUAUGUACAACUAUUGAAUAAUUAAUGAGCUAUUAUCCUAAUAAAUCCAUGUAUUUAACAUAUAUAUACCUUGUAAAGUUAAACACAAGUAGGGUGUUAUUUGUGGGCGAUGAUUAAUCGCUGAUGAGUAUUCGAAACUAAAGCACAGCCAACAGAGAACGCUAGAUUAUUGGCAACAAAGGAGUUAGGAAUAGAACCGCCAACAAAUCAUCACCAAUUUAAUAUAAUAGUCUUGAAUACUGAUCUAAUGCUUGGAAAAAAAAUUUGAUGUUAAUUAUUCAUAGAGUUAUCGCCCUUUAUCACGUUGUUGAAACUUGUGAAGCCUCUUGCUAAACCCAGUAUUUUGUUUACUUUUCAUUUAUGUUCUUUAUUUCAAUUAUUGUGAAGAACAACGUUUUCUGAUAAAACACAUAAAGUAAUUGUCUUUGCUUAUACUUGUCAACGCACAAGGUACUGAUGAUGUUAUACAGUAUAAAGGUUCGCUUUUUAUUUGUCUAAAAUUCACAAUGUGACAACCAUCAUGAUCUGCAAGAAUGACUUAGCUACAAUGGCCAUGUUUCGUUGCCAGGCAACCUGUCCUUUAUUGAGAUACACCAUAUUGAUUUGAAAGUGUGUUUUUAAAAAGCAUUCCGGAUUUGUUGAUAUAUUAUAUAUGGUUAAAAUAGUUGUAUUUUUGUACUUUGUUAUCAUGGCAACCGUUAUUUGGGACCAAUAGAAAUCGUAUCUGAUUUGUUUUUGACUUUAAAGGUUGAAUGUUGUUGUGAAGUGAUUUUAUAUAUAUGUAUUAAUAACACAUAUACAUGUAGAGACACAAUUUAAUUAAUGUCUAGGUCUAUUUAGAGUGUUCGACUAAAAUCGUCGAUUUAGGAAUUAAAAUGUUGGUCAGCUAGCUGAGUGUCUGUUGUAGACAGACUGUGUAAGUUUAGUAUGGGAUUGUACCCGGGGACUGUAAGAAACGUUAACUGGCCGAGGACAAGUUCAAACUGAAUAUUUCCUCUCUCUCUCGCUCAGUUUGUUUAUUUGUUAUUAUUAUAUUGGUAAAUAACUCAUCUAGUUUUAUACACUAUCAGCUUAUAACUGAAAUAAAAAUAUGUAUCACAUCA